AUGGCUGGACAUGUUGGAAGAGGCUUCUGCUUCUGGCUAUUGCAAGUGCCAGAUGAGGCAUGUUAUUUUUUCACCAUUGAAUUUGGCCUUUGUAAGCAAGAUGGACAACUGAGGGCUUAUGGAGCAGGCCUUCUGUCUUCUAUUGGAGAGCUCAAGCAUGCUCUGUCUGAUAAAGCCAACGUGAAAACAUUUGAUCCAAAGACAACCUGCUUGCAAGAAUGCCUUAUCACAACUUUCCAAGAAGCCUACUUUGUCUCAGAAAGUUUUGAAGAAGCCAAAGAAAAGAUGAGGGACUUUGCAAAAUCAAUCAACCGCCCCUUUUCUGUUUAUUUCAAUCCAUACACCCAAAGUGUUGAGAUUCUGAAAGACACCAGAAGCAUUGAAAAUGUUGUCCAGGAUCUCCGAAGUGACCUGAACACGGUGUGUGAUGCUUUAAGCAAAAUGAAUAGAUAUUUGGGUAUCUGA